AUGGGUAAAGUCGCUACAACAGAGGCGCUUCGUUUUAUGACCGAUUGCUUAAAAGCUGCCGGUGCUCGAGCAUUUCCUGCACAUCAACAAGCAGAAUUGUUACUGGAAGCAGAUCGACUUGGACAUCCUAGCCAUGGACUUAACAGAUUAGAAUAUUACGUCAAUGAUAUCUUAAGCGGUGGUUGUCAACCCAACAAUCAGCCAAAGAUCUUAAAGCAGAGCCCGUCGACGGCGUGGGUUGAUGCUCAAAAUGUUCUGGGGGCCACAGUCAGUCAUUUUGCAAUGGAUAUCGCUAUUGAGAAAGCAAAACAGACAGGCGUCGGAUGGGUAACUGUUAAAGCAUCAAAUCAUAAUGGUAUGGCUGGUUUCUGGGCAAAGAAAGCUGCAGAUCAAGGUUUAAUAGGGAUGGCGUUCACAAAUACAUCACCGCUUCUAGCACCAACACGUAGCAAAAAGUCUGCUCUCGGUACUAAUCCGUUGUCUGUCGUGGCCCCCGCAGCUAAUGAUGAGACAUUUUACCUGGACAUGGCCACCACAGCUGUUGCCGUGGGAAAGAUAGAAAUGAAAAGGCGGAAAGGUGAGCCGUUACCAAAUGGUUGGGCUCAGGGUCCUGAUGGUAAAGAAACACACGACGCUGAACUUGCUUUCAACACAGGAUGUUUGUUCCCGCUAGGUGGUAGGGAAGAAACCUCAGGAUACAAAGGAUACGGUUUGGCCGCCAUGGUAGAGUUAUUCUGCGGUAUCUCGUCAGGUUCAAACUACGGGCACCACAUCCGCUCGUGGUCCCACAGCGGUGAGGGCGGAUCAUCCAAUAUUGGACACUGCUUCAUUGCCGUCGACUUCGAGAACUUCGCGCCUGGCUUCAAAGACAGACUUGGGGAUUGUAUGACGCAUUGGAGGAAUUUGGAACCGGCGGAUGAAAAGCUGCCAGUAUUAGCACCAGGUGACAAAGAGAAGGAAGCAGCAAAACUUACUGAUGCAAGCGGCACGGUGUCUUACGUCGAGCAGCAAAUUAAAUCUAGCUCCGUUCUGGCUGAACGAUUAAAAGUUACUCCCAUGGAGUUAUGCCGUUAA